UGAAACGUUUUACGAAUUAUUCAAUUGAAUUGGUAAAUUUGAGUUAUUGCCGCGAGCAGCCCAUUCAAGUCGCGCGCCUCACAUUAGUAACACCGCCGGAGACGAGGAGGACGGUCGUCGAUAUAUAUAAAUCGUGGUUUUUAAACGUGACUUCAUCGACGCUCUGCAGUUUCGACAAGACAACUGGGUCGCUUUGGUGUUUACGUAUGAGUGGGACAUUUUCGAAAUUCCGAAUCGGCGAAAUCGUAAGUUGACAAUGCACUUCCACCGUUUUCUCGUCACAUUAUCGCUAACAGUCGUGUUGAAGGCGCGCGCCAAUACAGACGUUCCAUUACUUGACCCCUCAGCAGUUACUGACAAUAAAUUCACCGCAACGGUUGAACCGGUGGCUGCUCAGCAGAAGUGUGAUAUACCUAAUGAGGCUAAAGUGGGUGUUUGUGUGACCGUUGGCAAUUGCUCGGCUUAUCUGCAGGCGCGCAGCGUGCCGAAUAUAUCCGCCGAGAAGGUGAAUUUUCUAAAGAAAGUGCAGUGCUCGUGUAAAGAAUGUGACUCGAUUGCGCCGGAGCCUGUGGUUUGUUGUCCAGCUAAUGGACAGGACUAUCUAUAUCCGUCACUGAAGUUUUCGAAAUUCGAAUAUCGCCGUUUUCAAAAUGUGACCGCGCAAUUCAAACGCAAGAAACUAAAACGUCGCAUACAGACCGUGGAACCGGGUGAGAGUUUCAAUUUGCGCAACGAAUGUGGCAAACAGGUGACAAAUCGUAUUUACGGCGGCGAAAUCGCCGAACUGGAUGAGUUUCCGUGGCUAGCGUUGCUGGUGUACAAUUCAAAUGAUUUCGGCUGUAGUGGCGCGCUCAUCGACGAUCGUCAUAUUCUAACUGCGGCGCAUUGUGUGCGGGGCGAGGGUGUGCGUGAAAAGAAAGGACUGAAGCUCGUACGCUUAGGCGAAUUCAAUGUUAAAACCGAACCAGACUGUAUUGAGGAACCCGAUUACCUGAAUUGUGCGGACGCUGCUGUGGACAUCGGGCACGAGCGCAUCUUCGUGCAUCCCGAAUACAAUGAACAUUCGUUUACUAAAUUCAACGAUAUCGCCAUAAUACGACUGAAACGUGCAGUGUCCUUUACGCAUUUCAUCAUGCCAAUUUGUCUGCCUAGCCAAGAUGAGGAGAGUCCCUAUAAAGUGGGUGAAAUGUUUUCGGUCUCCGGUUGGGGACGAACCGACUUAUUUAAUAAGUACUUUCGCAACAUACACAGCCCGAUCAAGCUGAAGCUACGUAUACCAUAUGUAGAACGCGACAACUGCACGAAGAUUUUGUCGACAUUCGGCAUCGAAUUGGGCUCGAAGCAGGUCUGUGCUGGCGGCGAGUUCGCCAAGGACACUUGUGCCGGCGACAGCGGCGCGCCACUCAUGUAUUUCGAUCGUAAAUAUUCGCGUUGGGUCGCCUACGGUGUGGUGAGUUACGGCUUCACGCGUUGCGGCAUGGCCGGCCAUCCCGCGGUAUAUACGGAUAUCUCCGCCUACCUCGAUUGGAUACACAAAAUAGUGACUUCGAAGUGACAAUUCACUUACAAUAUUUAAAUUAUAUUUUUAGAAAAAUAUGUAGCUAGAUAAUUUGAAUUGUACAAGACUCAGGGGCACACAAAUAUUGCCUUCGGAUGAAUACUUUUUAUAAAUAUUUAUUGCAAUGUUAGAUUUGAUAUGAAAUUUUGCUGUUCAAGUGGAGAAA